AUGGAGCCCUUAGAGGCUCCACAUAGCGGGGCUUCUAACAGUGGAGUCCUGCAGAUAGAAGGAAAUGAAGCCUCAGCUGAUCUUCAACCUUCACACACCGUCAAUAUGAAUGAGCAGCGAGGCAGUUAUCGCAGUGAUACGGGUGCAGCGAAUACCCCAAAAGGUAGAUUUCAUCGACGGGUGGGAAAAAAAAGCAAAGCAAAGGGAGAACCGCCCCUGCAGACAGUGGAAUGGAUUGACUUGCACAAUCAGAACCGCGUCAUCCGGCUGGUCCCUGCCGCCGAAAUCCUGCCUGCAGCAGCUCCAGAGAGGGAAAUCAAAAGCCCGGGCAUUGAUUCGCCCGAAGAUGAUGUUGGGGAGAAGAAAGAGGGAACCGAUAAGGAAGCAACUACCCUCCCGACACCUAAAGACCUCUGUGUGCGAAUCCCCUUCUCACAUCGCUGCGUAGUCGUGUACACAGAACAUUCGCAUUCAACUGCCAACAGCUGUUCAUGGCCUCCGAAAUAUGGAGCUUCACUUCCAUGGCAGCAGCGGCUGUUUUGCUGCUUCAGAAGAGCCGAUGGUGUGGGGGAGACCCGAGAGAGUAGUGCGGCGUACAGCUACAUGUGCGGCCACAUCUUGCAGGAGGCUGCCUGGCGUAUUAGCGAGGCAACCGGUCUAACAGUUGACCCAUUUGCCGACGAAGGCCAUCAAAAUUUGCCCGCUCUGUUGUUUCUCUCUGCCAGCAGCUCAGUGGACACCAACAAACGUGGAUCCUCCUCCUUCAGGGAUCCAGAGGCAGCCAAGGCGGCAUUGCUUCAGAGCACCAAAGUAGCGCUUUUGCUUGAAUACUACGAGAGGUUACUCGCCGCAGAAACAAUGCAGUUAGUCCCUAAAGGGGGCCGCAGCUGCCCCCCGUUUGCUGCUUCUGAUGCUUCUUCGGAUGAUCUACUGAGCUUGAAGCCUUCCUCGCGUUUUCCACGCUCUCUGCUCUCGACGCCUUUCUUCAGUUGUCUGCCCAUUGCGCCCUGGCACUUGUGGUGGCCAAAAGAAUCGCUGGACCCGGAGCACCGCUGCUCCUUUCGGGUGUCUGUACAGCUGCUGCACGUUUCGCUGUCUGACUGCCACUUGUUCCGCGAGGAAGACCUGUUGGCACAGAAACUGCUAAGUGCGUACGAGGUGUACGCAUACCUUGCUCGCUGCUCCAGCGGCGAGCAACUGGCAGCCAAACUUCGCAGUUGUAUCCAGUACACGAAGGAAAUGCGAGAGAGCUGCGGCCUCCCUCGGGAACUGCAACCCUUGUUGCAAGCUGCUGCUGCUGCCGUCGCCGCGUACAGGCGGGACCAACCGCCGGAUGUACAACAAGCUCUGCUGCUGCAAAGUCUUCAGCAAAUGCAGCAGCUUCCCCACCAGGUGCAGCAACUCACGGGGUGGCUGUGCAUCUUGAAAGCGGAAUAUCCACAGCUGUGGAAGCAGUGGCUUGGUCAUCUGCAGCAAAGACGCUUGUUGCGGCUGCAGAGGGAUCAGCAGCGUCAGCAGUUUGCUGCUGCUGGAGAAGCCAUCGAGAAGCUUUGGCAGCAGCUGCAGCGCCAGAGGGACUUGCAGCAGUUCGACUGCACCGGCCUCCAACUGCAGCUGCUGCUCCUCUCCAAGGAAGAGGAGACUGAGCGGCAACAGCUUGGCGAGGAGAUAGCAGCAGAAGUAGAAGAGUUGUUGACUUAUGCUGUUGAUACAGCGCCUCCGCAGCAGCUUCCUCCCUUUGACUUUCCGGGUGUAUAUACAGCAAUUUUACACAAACUUUUCGCCUCGUGCACGCCUCUUCCAGGAAACCCUGUUCGUUUGCUACUGCUGUCCUCUAAAGAACACCACGAGACAGGAGAGGGCAUGGAUGCCCCUGCAUCCUCAUCAGCAGCUACAGCAGAAGAAUCAGCUUCUGUGGAGGGGGGAGGUGCAGCACCAUCAGCAGUAGGAACAUCAAGCAACGAUCGGCCUUUACCCCUGCAGGAACAGCUGCGUCGGUGUCUAUGCAGCGCACUGACAGCCACUGUGGGCUGCCGAGUUAACGAGCGAUCUGCUGGGGGCCAGAAGCAUUUGCCACUACAUUUUCCCUUUUUCUCAACUGCUGCUGCCUUCCCUAUUGCUUCCCCCGUGCCUCCUGAGAACCUGCCGCUGCAGUACAGGCAGCAGCUGCUACAGCAGCAGCAACAAACACACCAGGUGCUCGCUUCUUUUCACGCUAUCCUCAACGAACCUCUCGACUCUGUUGCGCUCCAUGUCGGCUUCAAUCAUCCCGGUCUUCUUAAGCCUAUUGAGGCUCUUGUGGCUGUACCCUUGCCGCCUCAGCUAUCUGCUAUGAGGAGGGAGUUCCUCCGCAGAAAUUCCAUGGCCGGAGAACCUUCGAGUGCCUACCAUCCCUCCCCUGUGUCAUUCUGCGUAGACCUACCCUUCAGCACCUUUAGCACCAGCAUCCACCAGCAGCAACAUCAGCAGCAGGAGGCAGACGCAACAGACAUUGAAGCUGCCAGAGCCUACCCUGUGCAAGGUGGUUCCAUAAACUCUUUACAGGAACCUCGAGAGCCCUCCAUUCGGCCUCUGCCGUCCUUUCUAUCACCGGCGGCAUCUGCAGCCAGACACAGGCUGCUGCAGCAGCAGCUGCAUCAGCAGCCUCUGCUCACUACUCCCGCUUGGGGAGACCCUGUAGAAGCAGAUCAUGCAGCUUGGGAUCUAGACAGGGUCUCCGCGGCAGCUGCGCAGGUGACCGCAGGGCAACGCGGCCGUUCUGUGGUUGUUUCAGCUGCUGGUGGUGCUCGUGCUUCCUCUGUUGCCGGUGUCUCAGAGACAGUUGCUGCUGCGGCUGAGUGGCGUACAACGGCUGCAGCUCCAGGAGGUACAACUGAUAUUACUGCAGCAGCCUCUCGAAAGACUCCCUUUUCCUCUGCAGCUUCACGGCUGCGCACUGCCCUAUCUCGGUUUCCCAAUAAGGGCAAUAGAAGCCUGCAUGCCCCAGAAGCAGCGGCAACAGCAGCAGCACCAGCAGACGGAACUCCAACUAAUCACUAUAUCGAUGCCUCUUCUGCGGCAGCACCAGGUGCAGCUGAUCCUGCAGGGGCGGUGGAGGAGGCAGUCUCAGCAGCACCGCCGUCUUAUUUGCAGGAGGUCCAGCACACUGCCUCUCCCCCAAAAGAAGGCUCAGAAGAGCGGAAGGAUGGGCCUUUAUCUCCUUCUGUUUCCUUUCGCCUCGAAUCAACUACUCUUAAAGGAAUUAAAACAGGAACAGAAAUAGAAGAAAAUGCUGCGAGUGCCAUUUAUGAGACCUCUUUGGCUUCUAUACAACCCUUCGAGAAUUGUUGGCAUCUUUCGGGCUGCUUGAAGAUUUGUCUUGUGGUUGCACCUCUGCCUCGAGAGCAUGUACCUCCGUCCAGCCCCAAAUCAGCCGGCAAAGAAUGGGUGGGAAUACAGCAGGCCAAAAUCGAAAGCACAUUGCAGCAGCCGGUGGACGCGGUGUACAUACGCCGCAGGCUGCCAUCUCCUGAGGAGGCUAUGCUGCAGCCCCAGUUUAGUUCUUCAGUUGGGCUGCACUUCCAGGGGCCUCCGGGAGGGGGGGGCCCUGGGGAGGAAGGGGGGUCCUCCCCUCCAGCUCUCGCAGCUCUAGCACACCAGGCCCAGGCCAGCAUGCAGCUUUAUCCUUAUUCUCAGAUCCGCAAAGCCUUCAGACUUAGCCUUAGGUUGCAGCAACUGCAUGCAAAGACGCCGCAACAGCCAAUAGCGGCUACCGAUUGGGAGGCCCUCCUGUACACUGUCUGCGGAAGCAGCAUGCCCCAAGAUGCCACAGAAGAUAAAGCCCAACCUCCAGCACAAGAAAGAAGCAGCAAUCAAAUGAAUUCAAGGGAGCCCAAGCAACCAACUUUGGUGGGCUGCUGCGUGAUUCUACCGAUGCAGGUGCUUCUCCCUUUGGCCCUACAGCGGGAGCUGCAACAGAAAGAAAAAAAGAAGAGGGCGACCCGCAGGUCGUAUCUCUGGGAGCGCGACCCUCCAAAGCUCCAAAACCAAAAGAAGGGCAAACAGUUUAAUAAUAGUGCACAAGUGCGUGGCCUGUUCAAUGUGCCGCUGAGGCGACUGCCUGCUGGCCCCGAGGAGCUGCACGCACGUUGCCGGCUCGGUUGCGCAGAAGGAAUUCGGGCGCUGAGCCUGACGCUGCCAGAAGCGGCUGCAUUGGAUGUUGGAGUCCUGCAGCGUCAGCGGGGAAUUUUGAGAGUUUCUGUCUUCGACGAAUUUCUGCAACAACCCAACACCAACAACCCCUACACACCCUGGGAUUUUCCUGAACCCUCAGAAACGACAAACCCUAAAGUACUGCUCGGGUCUCUCCAACUCCCGUGGAGCUCUGUUGUUUCCUCUGCAGCAAAGGCUGCAGCAAAAGGAGUUGAGCCUGCUGCUGCGGCCAAUCGCCGCCAUCCGCAAACAGACCGCCACCAUCAGCAGCAGCAGAAGUUGUUUCAUGAAAUCCUUGAUGUUGCUGCUGACGGCACUUGCUGUCUUUGCCUUUUAAACGGUUGCUUCCGCCUGCAGCAGCCCAAAGGCCUUCUCACCCAUAUCCACCUUUCCCGGCCCCGCACACCCAACAUACCCACAGGUUUCCUGCUGCAGAUGCAUCAGCAGCAACAGCUGCAAGGGCCGGUGCUGCUGCAGCAUUUCGCAGCAACUCCUUUUGACUUGUUCGUGUCUCUUAAACUGGAAAUACGAGGGCCUGUCAGAGCUAUCUGCGGCAGCAUACCCCGCACGUUAAUGCCUGAAGAGAUAUGGAAGAAGCUGGAAGCGGAGAAAAAGGAGGAAGAACAACGUCUAAAGCAGGACCUGCAACAGCAGCAGGUGCAGCAGCGGCAGGCGCAGCAGGCGACACCGCCGGAGCAGCCCGCGGAUGAGGAUGGGCCGGAUCUAUGCCAGCAGCCGGAGCAGCACCUUGAGCAGCAGAAGCUGCUACAGAUGCAGCCUGGGAAGGAGUGGGGGGAAGAUAAAGGUUUGAUUGAUGCUGACAAGGAGUGGAGGCAGAAAGUCGGUCGGCAGCCGACACUGCAGGCCGACCUGAAAUUCUUCUUAGAUUGUUCUUGUUUCAACAAUGUCGGGGCCGAAUCCGUUCUUCUAAUUGGCCUACGGAUGCCUCUCAAGUCCUACUUUGAUACAGUUUGUUGCUUCUCUUCCCAUGUUUUGCUUCAGGCAUGGACAGCUUCGGAAGAAGUUCCUGUCUGGUUGACAGCACAGCAGCUGCUUCAGGUUGGCUGCAGUUCUCCUCAGGGGCAUUCUUUGCUGCUUUGUUCCUUCUUCAACGGGCUGGACAACUGCAUGCAGACGCAGGCCUUGUCAUUCGUUGCGGUUGGAGAUGUGGUGGGGCGGGGCGAGCAGUACUUCGUUUUGCGGCUGUCUCCGUCAGCGGCAGCACAGCUUUGGGAUCCGCUGACAGGGGAGGUUUUGAACCUCAGCAGCAGCAACUUGACGACUUCCCCCUCUGCUCUUCCUCCGGAACAGCAACAGCAGCAGCUGCUGCUGCAACUGCAGCGCUGGACCGAGGAGCUAGAGGUGCUGGCAGCCCUCAAGCAUUCAAACGCUGAGGCCCAUGCACUACAACAGCAGCUUGCUGCUGUCCUUCCGCUUGCAGAGGCCUUUGCAGCGGCGCAGCACCGCAGCCUGCAGGAUCUGCAACAGGAGCAGCAGCAGCAGCAGUGGUUGGGGCAGAUGGCUACAGACGAGCAGCUGGAAGGUGAAGCCGUAGUGAAUAAGGUGCUGCUGCUCGAGGCAGGCCUGGCUGAGGUGCAGCAGAAAAUGGGUUUGCUGCUGCAACGUUGGCAACAAUUGCAUGCAGCAGCAGACCUCCCUUUUCCCUUCUUGCUUGGUGGCAGGCAACAACAAAACAGAGAAGGGGUUUGGCCAAUCUCUUCCCUAUCUUUGCUCGUUGGCAUGCAAAAUGCAUACAUCAACUUGCAGCCCAUGCGGUGUCUCAAUAGCUGGGAGACCCCCACAAGUGCCCGUGCAGCAGCAGCUGCUGCUGCUGCAGGAACAACUGGAGGUUUCACGCCUGAACUUUCUGUUGAUGGAAUAACGGAAGAAGAAGGCAUAAGGAAACGCGUGCAGGAGAAACUGCAGCAGAAACGCAAACGGAGGUGUUUUGGAGUGCCAGCCCUCAUUGAAGCUGCCAGAAAUCUUCUAAAAGAAUCGGAUACUUCCACUACUUGGAUUCGGCUGUCUCUUAGCUGCCUCGCUUUGCUUUCCUGCGGCAGAAUCCAGCACACGUGCAUGGAUCCUCAAAGCAUGCAGUGGAUUGUUAAGGUAACGAUGCAUGCUUUUGGUGCUUGGCUGUCUUUCUGUCCCUCUGUCUGUCUGUGUUUGUCUACCCGUUUGCUUCACGUUACUUCUGUAAUGUUCGGUGUAACACAACAACGUGAUCUGAUGCAGCAAGAUUUAAGUAACGAGCAAGCGGCAGACAAAACACUGCCACCAGCAAACGAGCAGCAGCCGCUGUUUUAUUCCUUAGGCGGAGGCGUGGUUCUACUUGAGGAAGGCCAAAGAAGAGAGGCAACAACCGCCUAUGAAAGCACUUUUAUAUCAACGGGGGGGCUCCAACCCCAAGGUACACCCGCGGCAGCAGCUGCUGCAGCUGCAAAAGCCGCUCAGGUGAUGGGACUGACCGGUGAAGAUGCCAAACGAGCGGCUUUACUACCACCCAUAGGAUGGGUCCGUCCAUUACCGCAGGCGCUGGACAUCACCGAAGCGGACCCUCGCACAACCGCUGGGUUGGAGCAGCAGCUGCAAAGAUCUCUUCAGCAGCUUAUAAGAAAUUGCUACAGUAGCAGCAGCAUAAGAAAAAGCGCCAGCAGCGUCUCCGACUGUGCCAGGAGAGAGUCCGGUGUAGAGGGCCCCCAAGUUGCUGGGGGAGCAGCAGGCCUUGACACGGACGCCAGUGCAAGUCCGGGUGAAGAAGUCGUGCAGUGUAUUGCAUUUGCGGAGGAGCCAGUAGCUGGGGUGUACGAGGUGUUGCGGCUAUACGAGGAGGUCAGGUGUACGUGCACUUGGUUUUCUCUGGCCUUCCCGUCUUCCCUGGGGAGGCAAGACCCAGGAGACAGCGGGUUGUUUGUAGCCAGUUCCACGAAUAGCAACGCGCAUGCAGCCAAUCCCCCUGCCUUUCUAACAUGCAAGCAGCACCUUGAGGAGGCUCUGCUAGAGGCCGUUUCUGCGGCAUUCCCUGGAAGGCAGCUGCAGGGCAUUGUCCUACACUUCAAGGAACUGAACCCGCACAAGCUGCUCGAACAAGUGCUGCACGCACAGGUAUUUGGGCCUGUACCGCAGCGCUCUGCAUGCACCAACAGCAUACGAGUAAAUAGCCGAGUUGGCUGUCUCGUUUUGAGGCUUUUUGCCUUCCCUUGUGGGCUUUACAGCGGCUGGCUGUUUGCCGGCACCAUUGACUGA